AUGUUUCCUUUUAAUGGUCAAAAUGAAAAAAAGAAAUCAUUUGCUGAUAAAGCUCGAGAAGAACGGGAACAGCGAGAACGACAACGCAUUAAGCAAAAACAAGAUGAAAUCAGAUCACAAGCAGCAGUAGUCAUACAAUCCGCUUAUCGAAAGCAUGUUAAUAGGAAGAAAAAUACCAAUCAAUUGCGAAAAUUGUGGGACAUCGACUCAGGUUUCGCUUCCAAUGAUAAUGGACAACGUCAACCCAUAACAUCCUCAGUAGAAAUCCUUGGUCUUACGUUACUGUUCUUUGCUUUCUUUAAGCCCAAUGAUCCAACCGACAAAACUCGAUUCUCUCAUCUCUGCAGGAUGAUAUUGUCCACCACCAAUUCUACGUCGACGACAAAGCAGAAUACUCAGCAAGCAAUAAUACCGUUUCACUCAUUGCUAUUAAGUAAAUGUUACAUGGCUUCGACUCAGAAAUUGAUGAAGAAAAUUCUUUGGCAGUGUGUUGUUUAUGUAACUGGACAUUCUCACAAUAACACCGGUGUACCUUCGAGCCCCAUUUUAUAUCUAUCUGGAUCAGAGCUGAUACUUUUGAUUUACUUUCUAGAUCCCAAAAAUUAUGUUAUAAAGGGAAAAUCCACACCUCUGGAUCAGCACUUGUCAACCUUUCGUAGUUAUAUAGUAGACCAAGGUUUUUAUGAACAGAUCAGGAAUGGGAUGAUUCUUAGAGCAAAUUCGAUAUUAUCUUUCAAAUCAAGAUCGACAAAGAUUAAAUUGGCGGCUGAUGACGAGAAGAAGUUGAAAUCGACACAACUAUGGUUGACGGCAUGCCUUCGAUGUUGUUUAUUUGUAUUGAACUUUAGUGAUGAUGAGGAGGAAUGUAUUGAACAGUCAACUCCUUUAAGUGGAACCUUUGGUAAAUUUAUCAGUCGUGUUCUGUCAAUACCAUGCCUGGUAUCGUGCUUCGACGAUAUCUGCAUGGGUAUGAUCCGGCAAUAUCACAUUUCGUCAAGGAUGAUUCACGCACUAUGUGGCACCGAAAGUUCGAAGAAAAUAUUAAGUUCCAUGAGCGGAAAUGACACGGUGUUCCUACUGGGAAAUCUAACAGAACUUAUGUCAAGGAUAGAUAUCAUUUCCCUUCGUAAAAAUGAGAUUAGGCAGAAGACAAACUUAACUGUCCACUUAUCAAAUCACAAUCCAACAAAAGAUGACAAGAGAUAUUUCGUUGUUCAACCUGGUUCAAUAAAAUUUCAGAAUUUCAUACAGUCCGUUAUAAACCUACUGCAACAUUGUCAAAAGUUCGUGUCCACGAAGCAGUCGAAUACGCAUUAUCAAUACCAUCCUAUUUUUAUGUGGUAUUCAGGAAAUACGGACCCAAACAUCCCUGCGUCACAUUUCAAUAAAUUAAUCAAUCAACUUGAAUUCCUCUGGCAAAGACAAUUAUUGCUUGGUGCAUUUGAUCAUAUUUUGAACUUUAGGCUAAUGCCACACGAUAAUGUUGGUCCCAGCAUAUCCAAAUCCACGUUCAUGGACAAGAAAUCGAGCCUGACAUCUAGCCAAACAACUCUGCUGGCAGUCGAGACGCAGAUAUUGUGUAAAUUGUAUGUUAUGCUUUCAAAACUAUUAGGCGUCCAGAAACACGAUAUCAUGAUGAACUUGACUUUUUUGCCAGGUUUUGUGCCUAGUUUGUGGAAGUUCAUGAUGUGUUUGGGUCCUAAAGGCCGAAUGAAAAUAUUUUUGACAGACGCAGUGGUUAAAGAACCGGAAAGAGAACCACUGAUCGAGAUACUGGGUUUAUUCUGCGAGUGUUGCGACAUAUCAUUACUAACCUUGGAUGAUGAAGAAUUAUACGAAAUGCAAACAACCUUCACAAUAGAAAAUGACUUGAUUCCCAUGGCUACAUUUUUUAAUAAAUUUUGCUUCGCUCUCCUUAGUCAUUCGUCUCCUGACAAUUAUCCUCCCGCUAUAUUCGAAUCUGCACGAAGGGUUCUGCUGCAAUUGCAUUCUCGUGAUACCCGACGUUCAUUCAUCGGAUCCGACAACACCUGGUUGCUCAUUAAAGAUCCGAAGAAGUCUUUACCUGUGUCGUUCGCCAACUUUUUCAAGAAAUCAAAAGAUAGUAACAAUAACACGUUGGGAACUUCCUUUUUGGAAAGAAUUCGCGUUAAUGAACCUAUCUCUCUUAGGAUCUUGAAUUUAUUGCCCCACACAAUUCCUUUUGAGACCAGGCUUGAAAUAUUUCGUGGAUUUUUGCAAAAUAGUGUUACGUCCAAUAACGAUGUAUUUAUCACGGUCCGAAGAAAUUAUGUAUUGGAGGAUGGGUAUAAACAUUUGGGAGGGUUGACGGCGGUUCGUACGAAAGGUGCAAUUCGAGUAAAAUUCAUUAACGAGACUGGAGUGGACGAGGCUGGCGUGGAUCAAGGCGGUCCCUUCAAAGAAUUUAUUACACAGUUGAUUGCUGAAGCGUUUGAUCCAAAGCGUGAUCUAUUUUCUUCUACCUCGAAUAAUUCUUUGUAUCCCAAUCCUCACGGUACAUCCACAAAGCUAUCAUUAUACUCAUUCUUAGGACGAAUGAUAGCAAGAGCUGUGCAAGAGGGAAUUUUGUGCGACGUUCAGUUUGCCGAGUUCUUCUUGAGUAAGUUAUCCGGAAGAGCGGUAUUUUUAGAAGAUCUGAUCGGAUUGAAUAAUGAAUUAUGGAAGAACUUGAUGUUCUUGAAGAGAUAUGAUGGUAAUGUGGAAGACUUGGGACUAUAUUUCGCCAUAGAUGAAGAGAUCAAUGGAAGAAUCAUAACCAAAGAACUUAGACCGGGUGGUUCACACAUGAUGGUAACCAACGAAAAUAGAAUUCAGUAUUUAUAUUUGAUGGCGGAUUAUCGGUUAAAUAAACAAAACAAGGAACAAACAAAAGCCUUCAUAGACGGGUUUCAGUCUGUAAUUCCGGAAAAUUGGUUGAGAAUGUUUUCGCCUCCGGAGCUACAACGAGUGAUCUCGGGCGAAGAUGUUGAUUGGGAACCUUCAGACUUGCGUAAAUGCGCAGUGUAUCAAGAUGGAUAUUUUGACCAACAUAGGUGCAUUAAAAAUCUUUGGUCAAUACUGGAAGAUUUUGAUUCCAAAGACAGGAGGGCAUUCUUGAAAUUUGUCACAAGCUGUUCAAAGCCGCCGCUUGGGGGUUUCAGAUUUUUACAACCACAGUUCACUGUCCGCCUGGUGUCGUUGGAGCAUGAACAAAGCCACGAAUCCAGGGCUGUUCUCGAACCAGUCAAGGCCUUCUUCAAUAUUGGAAACUCCAGGUCUGCAUCGAAAGGAAGAUUACCAACAAGCUCCACAUGCUUUAACCUCCUAAAGCUUCCAGCUUAUUCUUCAAAAUCUAUCAUGAGAGAGAAGUUGAAAUACGCCAUCAAUUCAAACACCGGUUUUGAACUCUCUUGA